AUGCCAAUAAACUCCUAUUUGAAGGACAACGUGCUACUUGAUGACAAAGAGGCUGCAAGGAAACUGAAGGUUCAAGCAACACGGUUCGUGCUAAUUAAAGAUGUACUAUACAAAAGGGGUUUCUCCCGCCCGUACCUAAGCUGUCUUAUCUUUGAAGAGGCAGAUUACACCAUGUGGGAAGUACAUAAAGGAGUCUACGGAAACCAUUCUGGAUCACGGUCAUUAGUGCACAUACUGAUCCGGGCGGGAUACUAUUGGCCUACCAAUCAGAAAGAUGUCAUUGCAUAUGUCAAAGUUUGUGACAAGUGUCAAAGGUACGGUAUACCUAGAGUACUAGUCUCAGACAAUGGGAAGCAGUUUGACAAUGACGCGUUGAGAGACUUUUGUUCACAGUUAGGGAUCAAGAAUCACUACUCAUCACCCGCCCAUCCUCAGGCCAACGGAUAA